AUGGCCGACUAACAAGGACGAAGAUGACCUUCAGAUGUCUUACUCCAUCAGUGACGUUGAAUGUGACGGACAAGUUUAGUCUAUGAAGAAAAGCCAAUCUCCUUUUCGAAGUGCGCGCGUUUUGGUGAACACCUUCAAAGAGAAAUUAAAUCUUUUCAGAAAUAAACAUUACAAAGAUUAACACAGGCAACAAGAGUCCUUAUCAUCUGAAUCCGUAUACUAGUACAUUUGCCAAUCAGUGUUGGCGCUGAAUCGAAGUUCAAGGACGCAAGCUUUUGUACCAGAUCACUUGUGAAGGGAAGCAUGAUUGCAUGUAAAUGGAGAAACUGACCUGUAAUGAUGGUAAAUUAGCGCCUAGUUCGAUCUGCUGAUUUAGUUUUUGACCGCAAUGACGUGUACUUCCCUGCAUAAUCCCCAAUAUAAAGCAUAAAAUACAUGAAAGAAGGCAGGUUAUUAUGUACUUGUGGGUUAUUUGUUGGAAUUGUGCUGCUCUUUUUCACAUUGUCUCCAUAUAGUCCCACAUGCCUACUAAGAAGCUGCAUUCAUGGACAGUAUAAAGUAGGCUUUUCUAGUCCUUUUCAAAGCAAAAACAAUGAAGAUUCAAUGCUAAAUCAUUUUAAGACCAAUGGAAAAAAUGAAUCUGUGCUUGUUUUCCUUCAUAUACAGAAAACUACUGGGACACUCAUUGAACGUCGUUUAGUUAAAGAUGGUUUAGUGAACAAAAAUUGUUACUGUUUUGGUCGAAGACGAUGUAGCUGUAGAACUCAAAAUGGUAAUACAUGGCUCGUUAGCAGAUAUUCUACUGGAUGGCUUUGUGGACUUCAUGCAGAUUUGACCGAAUUAACGGAAUGUGUUGACAACAAAUUAAAUAAAAUUGAUCGUCGUACCCUGCAUAGGAGGUACAUAUAUUUCACUAUUCUGCGUGAUCCUAUAGACCGUUUCAUUAGUGAGUGGCAGCAUACUCGCCGUGGUGCCACAUGGAUUUCGGCUAGUCUACGCUGUAACAGACAAUCACCACCAUUUAAAUAUUACAAACCUUGUAGCUUUUUUAUUAAUAAUGAUGAUGUCAAUAAUAAUACAACUGAUUGGUUAAAUGUAACGAUGCAAUCUUUUCUAAACUGUCCUUAUAAUUUAGCGCAUAAUCGUCAGACAAGAAUGUUAGCAAAUCUUUCACGUUUAGAAUGUUAUAAGCAUUUAACUGAAUGGUCUCAACCAGUAAGUAACACUACAUCGCUAACUUCUAUUUCGUCAGUUCAACUAGCUCUUUUAAACAGUGCUAAACAUAAUCUAGUCAAUGUUAUCCGGUGUUAUGGUCUUAGCGAAUACUUAGUUUAUUCACAAUACAUUUUACAAAAGUGUUUACGCAUUACUUUUAAACGUUCAUUUAUUGAAUUCAAUAAAUUAUCUAUUAUACAGCAAAGGUUAUUGUAUACACAUGCUACGAUAGCCCGUUCAAAUCUAAGCUCAAAUGUAUUGGACAAAAUUGCUAAUGUAAACAGAUUAGACAUAUUAUUGCAUAAUUUUGCUGAAAAAUUGUUUCUCUAUCGAUUAGUUCGUUAUUUAUUAUUUGAUUCUAGCCUACCAAUGCAUUUUAAACGACCAUUAUACACUGUAUGGGAAUAUUAUUACAAGCAUAAAUCAGAUACACCUUUAAGGAUUUUACUGUUUUCUAAUCUUAUCGACUAUGAUAAUAUUAAUAGCACUGCUAAUACCAGUAGAAUGUCGUCAUUUUCUCACCGAUUAAAUCUAUUCUUAACGCAUUUAUUUAUUCGUAAAGGAAGUGUUCCAGUUGCAGAGACAGUGUUAAUCAACGAAAAUCGUCGGUGGAGAAAUAAGCUGGCUUAUGAUUUAAAAGCAUGAAUUGUAAUUUUUGUUUUUACACCCUUUUUAUUUUAUAUUUUGUUAUAUUUUACUAAUAUAUGUUUACCUAUUUGUGCAUUAUUUUUACUUUGCUAAAAUGUAUCGCCAGUGUGUGUGUGCUGAUGAAUCGAAAUAAAAGUACCC